AUGAAGGUGACAUUAAUUUUCUCUCUGAAGGGAGGAGUCAAUGCAAAGUCAGCCGUCUUCCUCCUCUACUUCAGUGAGUGCAGAGAGGAGGACAGAGGACAGUGGACACUCAGUUUGACAUGAUGGACUAUAGGACAGGACUGCUGCUUCUGACUGUCUGCUGGACAGGUGGAGAUCAUCACUAAUCUGAGUUGGACUUUUUCACCUCAUGACAACAAACUCACUUCAAUCUGUUGGUUUUUUUCUUCUGUCUUUUCAGGUGUUGGUGGUCAGACUCUGACUGAAUCUGAGCCGGUGGUUAAACGUCCUGGAGAAUCCCACAGACUGACCUGUACAGCCUCUGGAUUCACAUUCAGCAGCUACUAUAUGGGCUGGAUCAGACAGGCUCCUGGAAAAGGACUGGAGUGGAUCGCUUUCAUAUACACAAGCAGUUCUUAUAUCUAUUACUCCCAGUCAGUCCAGGGCAGAUUCACCAUCUCCAGAGAUGACUCCAGCAGUAAACUCUACCUACAGAUGAACAGUCUGAAGACUGAGGACACAGCAGUGUAUUACUGUGCCAGAGACCCACAGUGA